AUGGCUGGUGAGGAAAGGUCUGGAUACUCUAUCAGCACAGAUCCAGAGUCCAUGAGUGUCGAAUUAAAACCGUCAUACGCUUCGGUUAAAAAAGAGAGGUCUUUUUCACAGGUCGAUACGCGCUCGAAAAAAGGUUGUAUUCCCUUGUUUUUUGAGCGAGCUUCUUCUCAAUGGUGGAAGCCCUCAUUUGAUUCGGAAAUUUUGGAAGAGGAGUUUCAGCGUUUCACUUCCCACAACCAAAGGCGUCUCGUCCACGCUCUCGUAUUUGUAUGCCUCGUUUGUGUCACCUGGGGGAUAUUUUUUGCGGUUCUGCUCAAGAGUGAAGGCUAUCAGAUCUUAGUAGGAGCUGGGUUUUUUUUGGGGUUAGUGAUCUCCUUAAUACUGUUUACUAAAUUCAGCAGAUUGUACAAGAAAUGUGCAUCGUUUGUUUCGUUGCUCGCGUCUGUUUUACUGAUCGCCAUGGAACUUUGCCUGUUCGCUUUGCGAGAGAGGGGAACAGCUCUUUCGAACCCGGCUCGAUUUUGUAUGUGUACAUGUGUUAUCAUGCUGAUUUAUACCAUGAUCCAUUCGCUUCAUUUGUACAUCUGCAUUGUAAUGACGGUGGCUUUUUCUGUCGCUCACGAAGUUCUCUCUGACGUGGUCACCGACGAAAAGGAAAGAGACAGCCAGCCCAAGGAAAUCAUCUGUCGUUUAAUUUUGCACAUGUGUAUUCAUCUGUUUGGAAUUCAAAUCUUUUUCAUGGCCCAAGUACGAGAAAGAAGCACUUUCUGGAAGGUUGGUCAAUGUGUUGUUGCUCGUCGCGACUUGGAAAUUGAAAAACAGGUGAAAGAACAGAUGAUCCGAUCGGUAAUGCCGGAUUUAGUGGCCAAAGAGCUGCUUGUGGUCGAAGAAAUGGAGGAAGAUCCGAAGGACAGUACAAACGGCAAGAAAAGACGACGAAACAAAGGCCAGAUGGUCUUCCGACCGUUUCAGAUGCAUCGCAUGGAGAAUGUCAGCAUUCUUUUCGCCGAUAUCGUGGGCUUCACCAACAUGUCUUCCAAUAAGUCUGCUGAGCAAUUAGUUAGGCUCUUGAACGAUCUCUUUGGGCGCUUUGAUCGCCUCACAGAUAUCAAUAACUGCGAGAAAAUCAGCACCCUUGGUGAUUGUUAUUAUUGUGUGGCAGGAUGCCCUGAAGCGACAGCCCAUCAUGCAUUUAAUUGUGUGGAGAUGGGACUGGACAUGUUGGAACAAAUCAAAGAAUUUGAUGCGGACACCAAGAAUGAAGUUGACAUGAGGGUGGGCGUUCAUACAGGGACUGUUCUAUGUGGUAUUGUCGGCUCGCUACGCUUUAAAUUUGAUGUUUGGUCCAAUGAUGUAAACUUAGCAAACCGCAUGGAAACGGCUGGUCUCCCUGGACGUGUACAUAUCACUGCAACAACACUUAAGUUUCUUGCUGGUCACUAUAUUGUGGAAGAUGGUAAUGGCAGUUCACGUUAUCAUGGCUUGGAAGGUAUUAAGACUUACUUCAUUGUUGGUCGUAAGAAUGGUAUGAAGAAACCAAUGAAUCUGCUUCACCCAAGUGGACGCAAAAAGAAACCAGCAAACCUAAACGCCAUCAAUGUCAGCAUGAAUGAGAAUGCUUCUCAUUACAGCAGUCCACAAGAAAACAAGAAGCAUGUCAAGAUCUCAGAACAGAUUACCUCCUCAGAUGUGAUGUUUAACUCUGAUUCAAACAUUUCCAGUCAAGGUGAGUCAAGUUCAGACAAUGGUCCUAAAAUCCUUAAAGGCAACCUGAAAGUCAAGCCUGGUGUCAUUGAAAUGGACUAUUGCAGUGGAACUUCAAUCCGAUCUGAUGAUGAUGAUGAAGAUUCUAAUGGAAGAGUGCCAGAGGGUCAAUGCUCUCCUCAAGUUUUGGGCUUAUCCCUGAAUGAAGCUUUAAUGAGGGAUACUCUGAGAACAAGCAAUGAUCAGCAACUUGUCAACUUGAUGAGUCAAGAGAGCACUAGCGAUGAGUACUUUCACAGGUCAAUGAACCCUUGCACCUUACAGUUUCAUGACAGAGAAACUGAGGGACGAUAUCAGAAUGAAGGUCAGGACUGUACGUUGUUGAACCCUUCGGUGACAACGUUUGCAUCCCCCAGAGUGAACUUCUUUUUAGAUGUGUUGCUUUCCAACAUUAUUUAUCUAGUCAUAAUGAUUUUAGGCUUCACGCUCUACCAACCUGUUCCAUUAGCAGUGCAGGUCUUGUCGCCAAUUUCAAUUGUUAUUGAAAUAACAUUGUUCUGCUUGACAGUUGCCAGAGCAUUUCCACAUUUAUAUUCUGUAUGUAUACACCAAAUUGUUGGUUACAUUUGCGGCUGGUUCACAAGCCAUCUUAUAGGAGCUCUUUUAAUGUGUCUUCCCAUGGGAACACUCUUUGCAAACUUCAUGAACUGUAAGGACCGUACUGAUUCAAAAGCAAGAGAAUUCUACUCCUUAAUAUUUGCUGUGGCACUUUUACAUUUCUGCAAUUUCACUCAACUUACAUCUUGGAUGAAGACUGUACUUGCUGCUGUGUUUUCUAUUACAUACAUUAUUUUGCUUACUUAUGACGAAUUUUGUGCAUUUCGGCCUGGAGCAGAAUACAAUGAGCGUUUAGGCUUAGAAAUCAUGGUUUGCAUUGGUUUACUUCUGAUUUUUGUGUGUGUGUUAAAUCGUCAGUUGGAAAUGAGCGUACGACGUAAUUUCAAUGGAGAUGAGGAAGCUGCUAAAGACAAACGAAAAGCGCAAAUGCACAAGGAGCAGGCUGCCUGGCUACUGGAGAGCAUUUUCCCUAAACAUGUAGCAGAUGCACUGAAACUGUCUAGUCAUUACUCACGGAACUAUGAAAAUGUUGGAGUAAUUUUUGCUUCAAUAGUAAACUUUUCUGACUUCUAUGAAGAGAACUUUGAAGGUGGCAAGGAAUGUAUCAGAGUUUUGAAUGAACUUGUUGGUGACUUUGAUGACCUUCUGACAGACAAAAGCCAGUUUAGCCAAGUGGAGAAAAUCAAGACAGUCAAUGGCUCAACCUUUAUGGCUGGGGCUGGCCUCUACCCAGAAGGUUGUGCCAAAAAAGAUGCCCACCCAUAUGACCACCUAAAGCAACUUGUUGAAUUUGCUUUGGGAAUGAUCAAGGUUGUUGACAAAUUCAAUGAACACAUGCUGGGAUUUGAGUUUCAUUUACGGAUAGGAUUUAAUGCUGGGCCAGUCACAGCAGGGGUCAUUGGUACAACAAAACUUCUCUAUGACAUAUGGGGAGACACAGUGAAUAUUGCAAGCAGAAUGGACUCCACUGGUGUGAAAGGGAGAAUACAGGUCAGCGAGGCAUCUAAGAAACUUCUUGACGAAUUCUUCACAUUUGAGCGUAGAGGAACUAUCCCAGUCAAGGGCAAAGGCCAUAUAACCACCUACCUCCUCACUGGAAGAAGAACAGUAUGUGACAUUCCUUUGUUUUUUUAAAUUUUUCAAAUUUAUGAUACUGUUUUGUUCUUUGGGCCUUAAAGAACAUCCUUCAUGGCAAGUUUAUCUGAUGUCUAACUUAACACAAUUUCUUAAUUUAAACUUUUUCUGAUCCAAAUUAGAGCCAUGUUACUUAAACCCCCUGCCUUUAAUCUACAUUAGAUGUCUCCAUCCUUCCAUGACUUACAUAAUAUAAAUUUCUUCAAAAAUCUUUGCAUUUUAAGAAGAAAGGUCACAAAAAGUAACUAAAAUGUAAAAUAAAGGAUAUUUAUGAUUCAAAAGUAAAUCUUUCAGGGGAAGAAUUAUAAGAAAUGUUUUCCCAACUUUGUGGAGACCUGGUGAAGAAGAGGUAGAUAUGUUUGGGCACACUUGCUUCAGUGUUCUCAGGACAGGUUACGGACUUUCUCACUCUCUUUUGACUUUUUCAUUCAGAAAUUUUUUGUAGUUUUUCUUGUUUUCUUCAAAAAACAACUCGUUCCUCUGGCAACAAUAAAAAGGCAGCUGAUAUAUUUACAAAUCCAGUGGUAAGUUACUCUUUUGGCUAACAAUGUGAUGGAUAUAUUUGAUUCAACUCAUUCACUUUUAUGUUUUAGGAGGCAAUUACAGAACCUGGUGCUUGUAUUUGUGAAGAAAUCAGGGUUAGUUUACCUUUGUCUUUUCCUGUAUAAUGUACAUUCAUCUGCAAAUUUUCUGGUGGUACAAUCUGAAUUAGGUGAUAACAAUAACACACACUUUUUUUUUAUUUACCGUCGUUAUGAGUUUAGAAAGCUGUUUACUGUUCUUGCUCAGGGACUGUGUCCUGCGGAAUGGUUAACUUCCUCAAAUUUUUACUGGAAGAAGUGAUAGUAGUUGUUAUUUUUUUUGUGCUUUGUCUAAGAUUUUCUAUUUGUUUUUUGUUGUUGUUUUUUUUUUACAGGAAACUGUCAUUGAUUGAGAGUGAAGUGGCAGGCGUCUUGUAGUCAUGUAUGUUAUUACAUAUAAAUAUACAUAUACUAUUAUAUAUUAAAAAUAUAGGGUAAUGACAAAUUAAGUUGACAUUUGUAAAGAAUUAAAAUUUUAAAGUAUGUGCUCUUCAUGUUAUAUUUAGUAAGUGUAUAUUUAAAAUUAGAUUGGAAAAUAGUAAGAGUUCUAUUGGAAACAUUUUAAAAAUACUUAAAAGAGAAAAUUUUUAGAUAAAUUUGAUGCCAAGUAUAGCAAAUGUAAAAGUAAUUAAAUAAUAUCAUAUAAGAAAUAUGUUUCUAUGGAUACAGAACUUCAUACCCACUGAUUUAUUAUUGACUCAUAACAAAGAGGCAAAGAUUCCCAAACAGAUUUCUAACAGAUGUAUGUCCAACUUGAAUUAAUAUUUCCAGCCUGGGUUUCAUUACUGAAUGCAGUUGUUUGACCAAGUCCAAAUGUUCCCAAAUGGCUUUGGGUAAGAACCAGCCAUAGAUAGUAAUUACUAUUAGCAUACAUUUUAAAGCAGAUCAAGCUUUACAAAUUUUUUUCAGUGACCCAUUUCUGUUUUCAGGUAGGUUUUUGAUGGCUGGUUUUCCAAAUUUCAGCAUCUUUUGACAGACACAAUUACUGUGGAUGAUCUGAUUAUGUGCUUUUAGAAAAGGGAAAAUAAAUUGCUUUCUUUAUUUGUUUAAUAAGCACGUCUUCUGAUUCUAGUUGUGUGACUCACCAUUUGAUAUGAGAAAACAUCAUUCAAGGUAGCUAUUCUUCCACUAUGGGCAUGAGUGAGAAGCAUAUCAUCAGCUUCACUUAUUUAAGCUUCAAUCUGUAUGGCUGACCUAUUGUGUGUGGUCUAAUCUGUUAACUGUGGGAGUCACUUAUUUAAACAAAAAGGCAAUAUUUUUUUGUUAUGCUGUCAUGAAGUUCAGUCAUCUUCAUGGAGGAGUUAAAAUUUGGAUCCUGAAAAGUCUGGUUUUCCAAUCAAUAUCUAUGAUAACUGGAAUAGGUAUCUGCUCUCUCACUUAUAAGAUGUUUUGCUGAAUUAUGUAAUAUGAAUGUAUUUCUCAUCUUGAGCUUUCUUUAAGUGGUGAUGGACAAAUUUCUUAUUAGUUUAUUUCAAAUUUAGUUACUGGUAUAUUGUUUGGGAGAAAAGCCAAAUGUUAACCUUACAAAAAGGAUUUAAUGCUCAGACAGUGUUACUUUACAGAACCAUUUUAUGUAUUGUUUAAAUAAAUAAAUAUUGAAAUGCUGUUAUUUGAUGAUCAUUUUUUACAUGUUGCUGCCAUUUAACAUUCAAGCAAUGAAAAUCUUUCACUUAAAAAAAAUUAAUUUUAACUUGAUUGAACUUCAGUAUUAACUGAAUGCAAAAUAUUUGCAGCGACUAAGGUAUCCAGCUGAAAAAACUACAUAAACAGUAAAUUGUUGAGUUCUAACAGCCACAGCAUAAUUAUUUACUUUGAUUAAAGUUAAAUGCAGGGUCAUUUUGGAUUUCAUGAUGAAAGUCAAAUUAGUUAAUUUAUGAAUUAUGAGGAUGGUUUUCCAACAACUUUUUCGUGUUUUGAUGCUUACUAUGUGCCUCUCAGUUUUGUUUUAAAUUACAAAUUGAUGAUUAAUACUUCACUGCCUGCUUGUCAAUUGAAGACUGGCUUAUUAAAAUUAACUGCAAUGACACUAUUUUAACUGUAAGGUCAGUGUAGGAAGAUUUUAUAACUUCUGGUUUGCAUGUAUAAUGAAACUACCUGUGACAUGAUUUAAAUUAUUCUGUUCAAUACUCAUGAUGCAAGAGUUUUUUGAUGGCAUGACUGCUAUUUUUGUUGGCUUAACAAUGAAAGUACUGAAGCACACUCUGACAAAGCUUUAAUGUUUUAAACACCUUUCAACAAUGCAAGCACUUCCAACUAAUUUUACUUGAUAGAUAAAUGUUCAUCUAGUCUUAAGGAAUAAUGUUAUGAAAAAAGAUCAAGACCAUCAUUCACUUACUACUUGCUGAGUGUGUGAAACAAGACAAUACUUGAUGCCCAAGGGUUGAUUUCUAAAACUGGAAACAUUCAUUCGGGUUUAACAAUUAAAACCUUAAAGCUUUUAUGUCUCUUAUGCCAUAAAUAGAUGAAUAUUGUAAAUAUUUUACAGUGCACCUUUAGCAUUAGGGUUACUUGUGGAAAUCUGACCAGAAGUCAUAGGAAGUGAACAGUAAAUCCCAUCUAAAUGCGUUGUCUGUGCUUGCUCUGGUCACACUGGUUGGAACAACCGAGUUCAUUGUUCUUUUCCUGUAAUGUGAUUGAUUAAUUUUGAUAAAGCAAUCCUGCUAACAUUAGUAGCAUUGUAAAUCUCAACUUCCAUGACCAUCAUUUUCUAUAUAGGAUGUAAAUAUGAAAAUUAUGAAUUAAUUUUUUUGGUCCACAAACAAUUAAAUACUUAAUUUAAUUAAUUCUAAUUACUCAAAUAAUUCAAAUAUAUUCACCAAAAAUAACCAUGAGAUUUUUGUUGAUUUAUUUUUAUAGCUCUAACAAAUAUUGAUUCAACAAGAUCUUAUAGUUAGGUCAAGAACUAAACUUUAAAGUGUAUGUUGUACAUAUUCUUGCAAUAGCUGUUUGCUCCUUGGCUAAACAUGUUUUAUUGUAGGAUAAAAUUUAUGUGUAAGUAAGUCAAAAAGAAUUAAAUGACAAAAGAUGUUGUUGGGUCAGUGGUUGGUUCCCCCUCCCUUCCCCAUUAAAGAAACAAAAGCAUUGGGAACGAUCCUUCUCGUGUCCAGUUCAAUACGUC